CACCUCUGAUGUUUCAAUCGUGCUUUGUUGCUUCGGCGGGUGGUACUUUCCUGGCAAGGUUACCAACGCCAGCAUAAUCUGGAUUUGUAGAGGCUCCAGAGCUGAGAUGAUAUAUUUUGAACAACACCACUGUUUGUCUGGAAUCAAAUUCCCGCGACGCCGCACUGGUUGGCCAACGCCACGCCUGUGCACCCCCAUGGAGGUCCCACGGGACAAAUACACUUACUGCUGCGACAGCUGUAGGAUCGAACUCUGCGAGCCGGUUGGGUUGCCGAACUAGGGCGCCGAGUCACGCUGCUGCUUCCUGGCCCAGGCAAUGCUGGGGCUUCGUAUGAAGGCGAGGCCUCAGCCAUGCAAGCGGCGGCCGUGCGAGAGAUCGCUGCACGUCGGCCGUCGGCGACGGCAGCGCAGGCCACAGGAGGGCGCUGGCGGCCUGGCCGUCUCGGAGGCCGCCGCCGCACAUGGGUCUUCCGGCGCGGAGCAGCGGCGACGACGUGCUAGGAGACAGUUCAUUCGGCUCCCGACGUGGGGUGUAGCGCUUGCCAUUCUCACUGUAAGGCGGCUUCUGGCCGCUGCUCAGUACCUCACGUGUGAAGAGCUCCACGAGCUGCUCGUGCACUGGCCGACAAGAACUCCCGAUGGCACUGCAAGUUGGACUGUGCACAAACGACUUCCCAUACUACUGCGUCACAAUACAUGGGUGCACUUUCAUUUGCAAAUGCAGCCGGCAUACUGCUGGGCGCGGCUUCGGCGAAAACUCUGGAAGCCGAGCGCAGCUGGCUUGCAUGGCUCAAAUGUGCGUGCUCCACCCUGCCUGCUUGAAUGCGUCAUGCCCGUCAUGAUGAUGCAUGUGCACAAGCAGACAAAUAAUGCCAGGGUGGCAACUGCAAUAAUGAUGAUUAGUGGUACGGCACAGCAUUGGCAUGCACAUCCUCCACUUGCGUGCAAGCCGCUCUCAACGGACUGGCGAUUCGGGCCACCCGGAAUGUCUUGCUACCGGCCUCUUAUUAGGCCGUAGACUUAUAAGCUGGCAGUCCGCCGUUACACGUUCUGAAUAAUUGUCCAACCCGAAUGAGCAUCAACACGUAUCUCGGUGGUCUGCUCAUCACCUAUUGUUGUGAAGGUGUGUUGUGCAACAACGCGCGCAAAAAAAACACGAUAUGAUUAUCAACAUCGUGCACAUGCGAAACGGGGCGCCUGACUAAAACAAUGCAUCUAACAUAAUAUUCCUGCGGCGUGCAAAAACUCUGGAACACCCCGGCUGAAAUCCAUGAUGUCCAGGUCGUCAAACUGAGAAGGUUUGGAGAUUGUCUCGUCGUCGGGGCCGUUGGAUUACUGGCUUGUCGCACAAGCAGGCAAUGUUGUUUCAACAGAUGGCUUCGAUGCCUGGCGCGCCGUUUAAGACGAUACCAAAUAUUGAAUCCAGUACUUAAGACCCUCCUCCAGCCGAAACACACAGACCAUCCGAAGGCACCCUCCCCAGAAUGCACAAGAACAUCCAACACACACGAAGAACAC